AUGGUCCGCGUGACUUUCACAAUUGCCCUAGUGUUGGGGUACAUGACCGGCACGUUUCCUCUAGAGACCAGCCUGAGAAGCGACGACACACACCACACAGGGGGCGGAAAGACCUUCUCAGUCCGCCAGGUGAGCAACCCAGACUUCAUCCGCUCGGGUCCGUACCAGCUGGCCAAGGCCUACAAGAAGUUCGGCGUGCCGCUCCCAGAAGACCUCAAGAAUGCACUGGGAAGACUGCGCUUGGAGAAGCGAAAGCGGUCAACAGGCAACGAGGUGACAAAGCCGGAGUCAUAUGAUGUCGAGUAUCUGACGCCGGUGUCUAUCGGCACCCCCGGCCAGGUCCUCCACCUGGACAUUGAUACCGGGUCAAGUGACCUCUGGGUCUUCAGCUCCGAAACCCCGAGUAACCUAGUCAAUGGGCAGUCGCUUUAUGAACCGGCUAAGAGCUCGACGGCGCAGAAGCUGGAAGGGUAUACAUGGAAGAUUUCGUACGGAGAUGGCAGCUCGUCGAGCGGGGUGGUAUACCGCGAUUCUGUGACGUUGGGCGGCUUGACGGUCUCUUCGCAGGCAGUUGAAGCCGCGACCCAGGUCUCGGAGGAGUUCACCUCGGACUCCAACAACGACGGGUUGCUUGGCCUGGGCUUUGGCAGCCUCAACACGGUGCAGCCAAAGGGACAAAAGACGUGGUUCGAGAACAUCAUGCAAGAGCUGGACUCCCCUAUCUUCACGGCCGACCUCAAGGCCGGCGAACCUGGAACGUACAACUUCGGGUACAUCGAUAAGAACGCUCACAUUGGUAACAUCAGCUAUGUGUCGGUCAAUGACAGCAACGGAUACUGGACAUGGACAUCGCCGGGGUACGCAAUUGGCACAGGGGCGUUGGUCAGCACGCAGAUCAUGGGGAUCGCGGACACGGGUACGACUUUGCUGCUUCUGCCCAGCACCAUCGUGGUAAUGUACUAUGCCCAGAUUCCUGGCGCGUUGUACGAUGCUACUCAGGGAGCGUAUACGCUACCGUGCAGCCCAACGCCUCCGGACUUCUCCUUCGCCGUCGGCGAUGAUGGUCAAGUCAUCACGAUUCCUGGGGAGUAUAUCCUGUACGCUGCCAUCACUUCGAUCGGAACGAUGUGCUUUGGCGGGAUUCAGGCCGAUUCGGGCAUUGGGUUUUCGAUCUUUGGCGACGUGGCGCUCAAGGCUGCUUUUGUGGUUUUUGACGGCGGCAAAAAACGGUUGGGAUGGGCGUCCAAGGAUCUCUCGUGA